GUGAGUUCGCUUGCUUGUCACACUCCAAUGGCUGCAGCAUUACAUCUGCCAAUUUAUUCGCUAGGGAACGCCGCUGAUGAUGAACGUAAACAUUACCUCUUCUCGAGAAAUGGACAUCGGGCCAAGAGAUCUCAGCCGUGCAUUCGUUCCGAUUGUGGAUUAAUGCUCACCUUUUUAAUGAUACUUGGAUGCUUAUUGCGUGCGCCAGUGUGCCGAGCAUUGUCAUGUUUUGUUUGCGAACACUUCACAUUUUCGCAACAAUGUCUUUGAUGAAAAAUACAGCGACGAACGUCAAAAAAAAGUGUUUGAGAAACUAAAGUGCUUGGGAAGUUCUAAAUCUUAGGUUCAGACCCCAUAGCCAAGCUGGAGAUAUCAGACUAUCCUUGCGUCACAAGCCCUCCGCGUGAAAACACAAGACAAGUGUAUCCAUAAUUUUUCCAACGCCAAGUUAUAGAUGGCGGGGACACAAGAGAUGGAGACUGCGGGGGAGGAUAUUGCUUCUACUACAUAAGAUGACAGCAUUCCCUCAUCAUGUCGAAAAGCCGCAAGACAUUAACACGCCUUCUUCUGGGCUGCAACUCUCUCCAGAAAAUAACACCAAGUACCCCAGACUUUGUAAGAAGCUAGUGAACCAUCAUGGCGGACGCCGCGCCUCACAGCUCCGACGAUGAGAAGACCGUCCACAACGAAAAUGAGUCAAGAGACACGAGAAGUGCCUCCCUCAUCGCAAAGGAAGGACCUCUCGACGAACACGGCAUGGUCGCCGUCAGCGCCAAACUGAAGAAUCCUCUCUCUGGAAUGACCAAGGACGAACUUCUUACGGAUGUUGAGGCUUUCGCUAAAGAGAAAGACCUCGAGAACAUCUUGCCCCUCCUGCAAAGAGGUGCACUAGUUGCGCAGAACUCGAGGAAUUUCGAAAAUGUUUCAGACCUCACUGAGAAUGAGAAGGUAUGGCUUAGGAAGGAGACUACCAAUCGUUGGCAGCAGCCGAAGAUGAUGUUUUACAUGACAAUUCUCUGUGCUGGCUCUGCAAUCGUGCAGGGCAUGGAUCAGACUGCAGUUAACGGUGCUCAGAUCUUCUACUUCGAAGAGUUUGGCAUUGGUACCGAGCAAGUAUGGUUGAGAGGUCUUCUCAAUGGCGCUCCUUACCUCUGCUCUGCUCUCAUUGGUUGCUGGACUACAAAACCUCUCAACUACUACUUUGGACGUAGAGGUUGUAUCUUUAUCUCAUGUGUCGUCUCUUUCAUCACGGGAAUCUGGAUGGCAGCCGCCAACUCUUGGGUAAACCUCUUGAUCGCUCGCUUCGCACUUGGUCUGGCCGUUGGAGCCAAAUCUUCGACCACUCCAGUCUACGCAGCAGAAUGUGCACCAACAGCCAUCCGUGGUGCUCUGACUAUGAUGUGGCAAAUGUGGACAGCUUUCGGUAUUAUGCUCGGCUUCGUCGUCUCUGUGGCUUUCGAGAAAGUCCGAUACACCCCGGGGGUGUUCCCAUAUUGGAACUGGCGUCUCAUGCUUGCCAGUACAUCCAUCCCGCCUUUCUUCGUCUGUAUGCAGGUUUACUUUGUUCCUGAGUCACCGCGUUGGUACAUGACCAAGAAUAAGUACCGCAAAGCGUAUGAUGCACUUUGCAGAUUCAGAAAUUGCGAGAUGAUGGCGGCGCGAGAUCUGUACUACAUCCAUAAGUCGUUGAUGAUUGAGGAGAAGCUACGUGAGGGAAAGAACCUCUGGAGAGAGUUUUUCUUGGUUCCGAGAAAUCGUCGUGCGGCGCAGUCGUCUUUCUUCGUCAUGUUCAUGCAACAAUUUUGCGGAGUCAAUGUUAUCGCCUACUACUCAACAGAAAUCUUCAUUUCUGCAAACUUCACACGUUCCAACGCUCUUCUUGUGUCGCUUGGAACGGGUAUUGUCAAUUGGCUCUUCGCCAUCCCAGCCGUCAAAACAAUCGACACAUUCGGAAGACGAAAUUUGCUUCUCACUACCUUCCCUCUGAUGGGUAUCUGCCUCCUCUUUACCGGAUUCAGUUUCUUCAUUCCUGAAGGCCAAGCUCGUCUCGGCUGCAUCGCAACUGGUAUCUAUCUCUUCAUGGCCGUCUACUCGCCCGGCGAAGGUCCCGUUCCUUUCACAUACAGCGCAGAAGCGUUUCCAUUGUAUAUAAGAGAGAUCGGGAUGGCCUUCGCCACGGCGACGUGUUGGGGAUUCAACUUCAUUCUUAGUUUGACCUGGCCGGCUCUUGUGAAGGCGUUUACUGAGCAGGGUGCUUUCGGAUGGUACGCAGCAUGGAACUUCUUUGGAUGGACGUACGCAUACUUCUGUCUCCAAGAGACGAAGGGUCUGUCGUUGGAGGAACUCGACACGAUCUUCAGUGUCCGGGUUCGCGACCACGCGAGAUAUUACCGUACCAUGCUGCCAUGGUACUUCAAAAAGUGGAUAUUGAGGAAGGAUGUUGAGCCCAGAGGUAUACUCUAUGAAAUGGAUUAGGAGGGGUACUAUUGAAUUUUGGAGCUUUAGAGAUUAGCUUGGUAGCAGGAUGAUGUGUCGCAGAACAAAGGCGUUACGUCUGUCUUUUAGGUGUGGAGAGUGUAUUUUUUGAUGAUACCCAGUGCUGGGCGUGGCACUGUCAGACCUUAGCUUCAUGAUUCUGGAAAUUCAAUGUCAAAAGUUUUCACUGUUAAUUUCUCUCGUCAGAUGUGUAUGUUGACUAAGUCUGGUCUGUUGAGUGGAAUAUGCAUAGCGUAUUGUUGUAGUACGGCCUCAGAACCUUCUUCUGUAAAUGCACUCGUAGCUUGGGUACUCUGGCCCUUGUAUCUGUAGCCGAGGGACUAGAGACUGCGCUCCGGACCCGGCCCUGGGUGAUUGUUGACACUUAGCCGAAGCGAGAACUACCCCGCGAUUUUGGCCCCCAAUCCAAGAUGAAAAGUAGAAGGUCAGUCAAAUCAGCUCACACUCUCCAAUUCCUACAAGACAUGAAAUGUAUAAGAAUGGUUAUAGAAUAUAGAACUCUGUGGGUCCCACUCCUUUGCCAGUCGCUGCUCGCUCAUAACGCACUCGCCUCCUUAAAAGGUACAAGUAUGGAGUGGGGCCACUUUCUCCACAUCCAUUUCCCAAAACACUAAAACAUCAAAAAAUAAAUGGGUACAUACAACAGUGGGGAUUCGCUGGUGGUCACCCACCCAACUACUAGUCCACCGGUUUCAAGCUUGUGUAUGGCAGAGCGGACGGGAUGCCCAAUACUCUUGAACCUAUG